AUGAAGACAAGUCUGUUUUCCCUAAUUAUUUUCACCAAUGUCCUAACUACUUUUGGAACUCCAAUUUCAGGAAACCCUUGCAUCUGUCUUUCAGCACCACCAUCACUUGAUGACCAAGACUCCUAUACAAAGUCAAGCUUCGGCUCCCCAUAUGGAUCCAGAUCCUCAAAGAAACCCAAACAGGAAUGGGAAAAAUCCUUUUCUGGCACUGACGCCAAGAGAGAGGAAGAAAACUUAGAAGAAGAAACAUCUACUGCCAUCUCUGAGCUCUUCCAUGGAUUUCUCACCAUUGGAACUCUCGGUCUGGAGCCAAUCAUCAAUGAGCCAGCAACACCUACGUUUGCCAUGCCUGUGGAGAGCAUAACUGAGAGCAAAUCAGAGCUAACAGAGAAUGACUUGAAGCUCAUCAACUAUGAGCUGGAGAAGCUCCUUGAGGCUGAAACUAAAGAAUGGUGCAAUGAAUCAUCGGGGAGGAGCAGUCAUGCUAGCACUAUUACACUCAGUGGCAAGCAAGCAGAUGAGGCUGAAAACGAAGAUUAUGAGAAGAUUUUGGUAUGUCCACUCCAAGGAUAUCUAUUUGGCUCUUCGAUUGAACUGCCAGAAACAAGAAAAGAAGUAAAGAAAGAGAAGGCAUCACUUGCGGAGCUGUUUCAUAGGACAAAAACAACAAAUGAGAUCAACACAGAAAAAAGUGAGAGUGGGGAGAUGCAAGCCAAGAAAACACAUAAGCCUGCUAUGCAUCUCAUGAAGAAGAUGCUAAAAAAGCUCCAUGCUUCUUCAAAGAGCUCUACCCCUCCGGGUGGUGGUGAUGCAGCUGACUCUGUUUCAAUCAAGAAGAAGCUCUACAAGGUUGGUCUUACUGCUAGAUCUUCAGAGAACCACCUUCUUAUGGGUGGCAUGCAGGUCAUACGUAUUUUCCAAAAAAAAAUCCAUCCUGAAAGCUCUAUAGCUGGAAGAGAAUUUGUUGAUUCCCAUAACUGUAAGGUCAAGAAUGCUCCCAAUGACAGUUGCAAUAAUGGAGACCAGAUGCACCUGGAUGAAGACAAUGAUGGGUUUACUCUAGGGUGCAUGUCAAAGAUGGGGAUCCUGUGUUGUAAGACCAACUUGAACCCACCCCAAGACGGGCUGCAUGGAAGUAAUUUAAGUGCGAAAGAGCAUUGGAUCAAGACAGACGCGGACUGUAAGUAUCAGUUUAUAUGCUUUACCAUUUCAAAAUAUCUGGGAAAAAUCCCACCACUGAGGUUCAAGGAUAGGAACAUUUAA